CGCGUGCCGGGCAGAGUUCACCUGGUGUUCGCGUGUAUCGUACCUGCAGCCUCCGUCCUCAGCUCGCCGACGACAACUCGCGUGCAUUUUCCGUCGCCAAAUCUUCCCGUUUUCACAAGUGGAUUUUCCUCAAGGAUCUCAAAACUCAACCUAAAGAUGCACGCCGCAGCUGUACCUUCCCUCCUCCUGGGUUUAGUUCUUGCAUUUGCCUCCGCAGCCACCAACCAGAAAAUCGGAGUGACCGUCUACUAUGAGAGCUUGUGCCCAGACAGCAUGGACUUCAUCAAGAACCAGCUGUACCCGACUUACAUGACUGACCUCGGCGCGUACAUGAACCUCACGCUCGUCCCGUUCGGCAAAGCAAAGUACCAUCGUGAAGAUUCAAACGGGAAGAACGAGCUGGUGUUCGAAUGCAGGCACGGCUCGGUAGAAUGCGACGGAGACAAGGCUCAAGCUUGCGUCAUCCACGAAGUCAAAGACGAAAACGCCGUCAUGAAGUUCAUCCAGUGCGCCAUGUCAUCCGCCACCAAAUCAACCCCUUACCCCACCGACAAGUGCUUGAAGGAAGCCAACAUUACAAGCAACGCUGAGGACCUCAAGAACUGCUCGAUGUCCGACAGGGGAAGCGACUACCUCGCAGAAUUCGGUGCCAUGACCACGAAAUUGUCUCCUGAACUGACCUCCGUCCCCACAGUUUACAUCAACGAUAAAUUGAACGCCUCUGAACAGUCAGCCUUGCUCAGCGACUUCAAAUCCACCUUCUGCAACUACAUCCAAGGAGCUAAACCAGAGGAAUGCUCAAAGAAAAACAGCGCCGCCACACUCGCAUCAUCACUGUUGCCAAUCUUCACCGUUCUCAUCCUCACGAGAAUCAGCUACUAAUAGCAUGUUUUACGUGGUACUUCUCCAACUAUUCGUCUCUUCGUCGGUGGGUCUACCACGAGGUUGGCAACAUUGGCUUUACCCCAUUUAAACCUGUGUUAAAUAAUCGAAUAUUGUCGGAGCCACGGUCCCUAUGAGAAUCGAUACAUUUCCAUAGGUUCGAAUGGACUGAAAGCAAUGUUGUCAACCUCCUGGAUCUGCCGAUGCCAAGAGUUUAAAUCGUCGUCAUGUCACUGCAAAGUUAUUCACAUUGUGUUUGCCUGCUAGUCUCGGCUAGUUGGUUUUAUCGCCAUAGCAAUUUUUUUUUCAAAGUUGGAUUACAUUUUGCAAUAAGGAACCACUAUUUCUGGCCCAUUUCAGAAACAACAUACAUGCCAUUGGUUUUCCUAUGCGGAUAUGUGAUUUCAUGGGACAGCCAGAGAUAAUGGCUCCUUAUUGCAAAAUGUAAUCCAGUUGGCAGUGAGCCAAUGGCUCACAAUACCGAAAAAAUUGUUUAAUGGGGGAUUUUUUCAUUUAAAAGCAAAAAAUAUUGAGUCUAUUUUGUCGGCAGGAUCGUUCCCUCUUCCUGCUUCUUCUUGCAGUUAUUUCUACUAUCUAAAGCAGGGUCUCUGAUAUGAAAACUUUAUAAAAAUAGGUACGAAUAAAGUUCUUUUUAAUUCAAACUAAAUCACCGUAGGUUGUCGUCGAUGGCAAAUCACUUCAUUCGAAUAAUCGAAAGAAAUCUAAUUUUCUUUUUACAAUAAAAAAAUCUUUACAUCACUUUUUCCCCAUAAAUAGAACGACUUCCAUCAAAAAAACUUUCUCACACUGAAGAAACGUUUCCUCCAACCAUAGAGAAUAUUUUUGUAAUUAAAAAAGUUGCCUAACAAUUUUUUCAAGUGAAAAUAACCAGUCGGCUGUAAGGCAACUACAUUAUUUAGUUUUUAAACAUAAUUUUUUCAGCGUUUUAAUAAUAAAGGCAUCAAAAGCGUGUUUCCUGUGUCUGUAUUUUGAGCUGGGUUAAUGAGUGACUUGAAAGGAUUUGGUUCUCAAAUAUUCCCAAUGAUAACGAGUACUAAAUCGAUGUUCCACCGAGUGCGUUGAUAAAUUUGACCGAACAAACCCUCAGCCAUCGAAAAAGGGAGGCAAGAAAUUUUGCAUAACUCAAAAUUUAUUUCCGGAUAUGUCGUUUGUCAACCAUUUCAUAUAAUAGUUCUUAAUUCCUUUGAUGUAAUGUAUUGCCUCACAGGUAGUUUUAAAAUUCUUUACUUAAGUGUCUUUGUAAUGAUAGAAAUUUUAUUUGCACAACUAUAGAUUCAAAUAUUCGUGUAAUUUUAAAUUUAGUUUAAAAGUGACUUAUCGUGUUCAGAUCCUUGCGAAGAAUAGUCAGCCUGCAACCGAUAGGUGAAUAUUAUCCCCAAGCAGAGGUUGGAAAGAUCGUCUAGGGUUCAACGAAAACGGUGCAUUUAUUUUAAAUCUGAAAGAAGUUACCCUAAAAAAAAGAGCUGCAUUUAUAUAUCUGAGCACUGUGAAAACUAUUUUAAUCAGUUUAAUGUACCUAUCCCUGGCAAAUUUGGCUGUAUUAUGAUGUUUCAGAACAUAGCCUGAUUGCAUAAUUUUUCAUAGCACGUAUAGCCGUAGGGGCGGUAGAGAAUCCUACCAGGGGCGGAUCCAGCAAUUUGGCAACAACGGAUUCCCUUCAUUUAAACCUAUGUUAAAUAAUCGAUUCUUGUCGGGGCACCUGGUCCCUCUAAGAAUCGAUACAUUUCCAUAGGUUUAAAUGGAGAAAAACAGUGUUGCCAAAUUGCUGGAUCCGCCUAUGAAUCCUACAGCCAGGCUAUACGGCUAUAACAAAUCAUAUAGCUAGACUGUGAUCCAAAAUACUAUACCAUGGCCAAAUUUUGCCCGUGAAUAUCCCUGCAGAAGAGUAUAAUUUUUCAAAAGAUCUCAUUAUCCAAUCAGUAUUGAACCUAAAAUCAUACUUAUAAUGUUUAAAAGCUGUUUUGAAUUCAAAUGAGCUGUAAACAGUGUAGGGUAACUUGUUUUGUUUUGUUUUUUUAAGAAAAAAAAAACUAGUUGUAGAAAUCAAUUUUUUCGUCCAUUUCCACAAAAUUGCAAGAAUGUUAUUGCACCCAUUUUUUCUUACCACAGCGUCAGGCGUCAGACUCAAGACGUUAUUUUGAGUAUAUGGAUUUGAAGAAAGAAAAAAUAUGUAUUUUUGUAAAUCUUUUCCACUUUAAGCAGAGGGUUAAAUAGUGAGUGUGCGUAGCUAGCAGAGAGGUUGGUCUUCCUUGUAACAUGUAACACGUCAACGACAAGUUGGCAAGAUCGUUUUCUCUCCAUUUAAACCUAUGAAAAUGUAGCGAUCCUCUAAGGAGUGCUCCGACAAGAAUCGAUUUUUUAACAUAGGUUUAAACGGAGGAAAAACGAUGCUGCCAACCUGCUAGAUCCACCUCGUAACACGGGAGAUCAAUCACGAAUGCAAGUUUUGGUUCAUGCAUAGCGUUAUAAAUUGUGCAAUAUUAAAUAUCUAGCUACUGAAUUCAGUCAAGAGGUGUUGCUGGCCUUUCAUAAGCAAUUUUGAAUUUAAAAUGAAAAGAAUUGCGAUGCGAAAAUUUCUUUUUUUUUAGCCUCGUUUUUAAAGUUGAAUCAAAGAAUAGUUUUUAAUCGACGUUUGUGUCCUUGUUAGGAAUCCUGAUUAUCGUUAUCAUUUAAGAAAUCAGGAUUCAAUGUGAGGCCCUUGCUUGUGUGUAAAUUUCUAAUUGUGAUAGAACUUAAACGUAUAAGAUAAUUUUAAUUACCAAUAAAACACGUAAGAAAAAUUUGUACUUUGUAAAUAAAGAUAACGUAAAUUAUUUUCA